UAUAAACUCAUUUUCCCUCCUCGUUGUCAUAAAAUAGAUCGAUUAUAUAAAAUAUACAAGCUCUGUACACGAUAAGGAUGCGAAACUGUGGUGUAUUAAGAAAGAAUCUGAGCACAGAGAUUCGGUGCAGCUGUGAGUUUAGCGCCAAGUGAAAUCCACUCCUCUCUGACGUUGAUGCUUCAAGUCAUCUGUUCACUACAAAGCGCCAGCUCAGAGGAACUAGCCCGGCCUGGACACAAGCACCAUCGGACACAGAGAGCACGACUGCAUCCGAACAACAGGCUGUGAAGUUAUACAUUAUAUAUAUUUACUUUUGGACAAGAGUGAACUUCAAGGGAAGCAUCUUGAGGUUUACUCUGAAACUGACGAACACCCCUUUGAGUAUAAUGCGAGGAAAACGGGAAGACACAGAACUGAAGUCUGUAGCUCCCGGGGCGUUCAAAGAAAAUACAGUACGACCGAGAAAGAGGAAGGCAGAUGUUGCCAUUUAUUUACAAGAUCCGGAUGAGGAGGUAGCAGAUAUGACGAAGAAGAAGCAGCGUGAAUUUGAGCCGGGCUGGAAACCUGAUGCUGGUUACACAAGUCCACAGAGGUGCAUCCCCACACCUGAUCAGGAAGAGGACCCAACCGUUGCCCUGAUAAACGCAGGUUUCCCCCACUACAACUUCCACAACGUCUAUGUAACGCCUGUGCGGUGCGCCCCCCUUCCUGCCCUGUGCUGGGCAAGUAAGGAUGUGGUGUGGAACAACAUGUUGGAGAAGGACAAGACGUACAUUAAGGACGUCCACGUGAUGGACAAACAUCCUCACCUGCAGCCCAAGAUGAGAGCAGUUCUUCUGGACUGGCUCAUGGAGGUGAGUGAGGUGUACAAACUGCACAGGGAGUCGUACCACCUCGCUCAGGACUACUUUGAUCGCUUCAUGGCCACCCAGAGAAACGUCUUCAAAACAACGCUGCAGCUCAUAGGCAUCACCUGUCUCUUCAUAGCUGCUAAAGUAGAGGAGAUGUAUCCUCCCAAGGUCCACCAGUUUGCCUAUGUUACAGACGAAGCCUGCACUGAAGACGAGAUCCUCAGUAUGGAAAUCAUUAUUAUGAAGGAGCUGAACUGGAGCCUCAGCCCGCAGACUCCCAUCGCCUGGCUCAAUGUGUACAUGCAGGUGGCGUACCUGAAGGACACCGACGAGCUGCUCAUCCCCAAAUACCCCCAGAACACCUUCACACAAAUCGCACAGUUAUUGGACCUGUGUAUGCUCGAUGUGCAUUGCCUCGAGUUUUCCAACGGCAUCCUCGCUGCUUCAGCCCUGUUUCAUUUCUCCUCUCUGGAGCUGGUGGAAAAUGUCUCAGCUCUGAAGAGGGUGGAGGUGGAGGAGUGUGUGAGGUGGAUGGUACCGUUCGCCAUGGCGCUGCAGGAGGUCGAUGGAUCCUCCAUGAGAUCAUUCACAGGAAUCUCUGUGGACGACAUGCACAACAUCCAGACACACGCCUCUUACAUCACAUGGCUGGACAAGGCCUACUCCUACCAGGAAGUGGAGUUGCAGCGCCACGGCAACUGUCCUGUACCUUCAGGUGUCCUGACCCCCCCACAGAGCAGUGAGAAAACUGAAGAGCUGGUCACACUGGGUGCUGCAGUGCUGAAGAUCAAACCAGGAUUUAAACUCCAUCCCCACAGCGAUGCUGUGCAGAGCAGCGCCCCCAUCACUGAAACUGACCAGGCGACAGCAAAUCCUAAAUAAAUGUUUAACUUCUGGCUGAUGGAGAAGAAAAGCACCUACGAUGUGUUGACUCUGAACAGCUAUGAUGGAUUUUCAGCAGGAAAACGUGAAUGGAAUAUGUAUUUUUUUCCAUUUUUAACUCAAGCCAACUACAUGGAUCCUGUGGGUGCACACAGUGACUCUGAGGAAACACUCCCACCCAGUGGACAGCUUUUAUCCCUGCAGGAAUAUUUAACCCUUCAAAGAGCAAAGGAUCCGUUACAGAUGCGACGGCUUGAGAAGAUUUUCCAGAGCCUUGCACCGAAAUGAUUGCAUUACUUACAGCCACACCACACAUGUGUUGGUGGCCAUUUUUUUUUCUAUGCAGAGGCCAAAUUGAAUGUGUGUGUGUGUGUGUGUGUGUGUGUGUGUGUGUGUGUGUGUGUGUGUGUGUGUGUGUGUGUGUGUGUGUGUGUGUG